AUGGAAUCAGAUUAUGUUCACAUUGAAAAGCUAAGACUCAAACCGGUAGUGGGACCAGACUCAUGGCGUAGAUUAUCUCCUCAGGAUUGUGUAGCUACGCUUCAGAUGAGAACCAACUUUGAAAAAGCUUCUGAGAAUGAUGAUUUGAAAUAUUCACUAAACUAUGCUGUAAUUUCCAGAGAUAUCGAAAAAUAUAUUGAGCCAUUCAAAAACUAUUGGAGCAUUGGUUAUCUGAAUAGAAAUUUAUCUAACUACCUUGUAGCCAAAUACCCGGGGAUACAGUCAUUGAUCCUGGACAUGCAAACUAGAAGUGGCCAUAUAAGGAGUGAUGAUAUUCGUGCCGUAGUUGUAUCACAAAAAAAUAUCGAUGACGAAAUUAUCAUUUCAAAUUUGAAACUUUUAACACUCAUAGGAGUAUUUACCUUUGAAAGACUACAGAAGCAGUACGUUAAUUUUGAAAUUCGUAUUCCAUGGCCAAAAAAAUCAAGAGAACAUGUUCCGUACAAUGACGUUAUUGAUAACGUUGUAGAAUAUGUGGAAAACUCCAACUUUAAAACGGUUGAAGCGCUUGUAGAAAAUGUUGCUCAAGUGAUUACACAAAUUCCGUACUUCAUCGAUCACCCGAAACUCGCCAUCACAGUGAAAGUUUUGAAGCUAAAUGCAAUUACUUCCACCGAUGGUGUUGGUGUAAGCUGUACUAAAUCAGCUGUUGACUUCGUUAAGAAGCAGCCAAUUGGUAAAACCGGAGGUCAUUCUUCUAUGCGCGGUUUUGACUUACCUGUGGAUAGUCAGGCGGUUAAAAUAACGAAGUCCAAUACGGCAAUUGUCGCCUUUGGCUCCAACGUCGGAGAUAGAUUUGAAAAUAUCAAAAGUGCUAUUGAUAUUUUAGAUGCUCAUCCUAGUGUUACCGUCAUGGCAGUUUCAUCCAUUUUCGAAAGUGAACCCAUGUAUUUCAAGAAUCAAAGUUUGUUCCUAAAUGGCUGUUUGAAGAUACAGACUAAUUUAAAUCCAGAAGAUCUUUUGAAACUAUGCAAGACUAUUGAAUAUGAAAACCUCAAACGGACCAAGGAAUUUGAUAAUGGCCCACGUAGUAUUGAUUUGGACAUCAUAUUGUACAAAAACAGUGAUGGCGAAGAUAUACUGUUAACCACAGAAACAUUAACAAUACCACACCCUCGUCUUUUAGAAAGAUCGUUUGUCCUGGAACCGCUUUGUGAGCUCAUUUCCAGUGAAGAACUUCAUCCCGUCACCGCAGAGCCAUAUCAUAAUCAUUUAUCACAGCUUUACGGUCAGGGCAAUGAAGAAGAUUUCCUUUGGAAAUUGGUACCUCUGCCAUCGAUUGGAAAGAGCAAGCGUUUUUUAAAAUUCAAAAAUGAGGUUCAGCAUGAUUUAGUCACAGGAUCUCCCAUCACUCGUACCGUCUCCAGCACUUAUAUUAUGGGCAUUUUGAAUACAACGCCAGACUCCUUCUCAGAUGGUGGCAUUUAUUUCGAAAGUAUUGACAAACAGCUCGAUAAAGUGAAGAUAAUGAUCGAUGAUGUUUUGAGGCUUUUUGAUUAUUUGAUUAUUGAUAUAGGUGGUUGCUCGACGAGGCCCAACUCUGAGCAGACUUCUUCAGAAGAAGAAUUGAAAAGAACGAUACCUAUUAUAAAAGCAAUUCGGAAAGACACUGGUAUUCCACAGGAACGAAUUAUCUUGUCAAUUGACACGUAUCGUGCUGACGUUGCGUCUCAAGCUAUUGCUGCUGGGGUAGAUAUUGUGAAUGAUAUUUCGGGAGGGCAAUUUGAUAAGAGCAUUCUAUCCGUUUUAGCAGAAAACCCAACUGUGGCUUACGUUCUGUCUCAUACAAGAGGUAAUAUAUCUACGAUGAAUAAGCUUACCGAGUACGGCGAACCAAGCGAUGACACCAAUAUAUCUGAAUUUUUGCAUGGUAGAGAGAAUUCAGAUUCAAGGACUUCUUUAAUCAGAAAUGUUGGAAGAGAAUUGGCCGAACGUUACGAAGAAGCGAUUUCAAAUGGGAUAAGACGUUGGCAAGUUAUUAUAGAUCCAGGAAUUGGGUUCGCGAAGAAUCCCAGGCAAAAUCUAGAAAUUAUCAGGCAACUAGAUUUGUUGAAGAAUUAUAGUUGUACAAAAGACGGGUCCUUUUUGAAUUUUAGGAAUCUACCAAUCCUGGUAGGUGCAUCUCGCAAAAAAUUCAUAGGCACUAUUACUGGUGAUGAAAUUGCAUCUGAACGAGAUUUCGCGACAGGUUCAUUAAGCGCCUCGUGUGUCGGUAAUGGAGCUAAUAUUAUUAGAGUUCACGACACAAAAGGUUGCAGUAAAAGCAUAAAGUUAGCUGAUGCCCUCUAUAGGAGACUGUAA